AUGUCGGCUUCAUCACCUCAGUCCAUUGCAUCCCCUGGAGCUGGCACACCUGUCGCUUCACAGUCAGGAACCAGGCAUCGUGCCAUCUCAGCUGCACCAAGUCCUGCUGCCUCACCAGCCACAUCGGGUCCCCACAGCCACAGGACGCCACUCUCCAUUAAGCCGAGUGCGAAGCCACCUCCACCCACACAACCUCAGCAGCGCACUGCUCUUCCUUCCAUCAACAAGAUGGCCAUGUCGUCCGUAAUCAGUCCCCAGCCGGCUCCGCCGGAGCCUCCCAAGGUGUCUAUGACUUCUAAAGAAUGGGUGAUCCCUCCAAGGCCCAAGCCUGGCAGGAAGCCCGCUACCGAUACACCACCCACUAAGCGCAAGGCUCAAAACCGCGCAGCUCAGAGGGCCUUCCGGGAGAGGAGGGCUGCUCGUGUUGGAGAGCUUGAGGAACAACUUGAUCAGCAACGUGAGGCCCAGGAGAAACAUGAAUCAGAACUCAAGGACAAGAUACACGAGCUUGAACUUGAUGUCCAAUCCUUCCGAUCUAGAUGCAUGCUACUUGAAAACAUGCUGGAGCGGGAGAGACAGGACCGUAUCAGAGUCGAGACAGAAGCCGAGACCCUCAAACGUCGUCUAGAUGAAGGUGUCUUUAACUCAAAUUUUCAAUCCCGAAGCAUGAGUUCUCAGCACCCGUUUGAAGGACUUCACAGUCCCACCAGCCAGGGACCAAGACACAGCCUUCCUGAUGCACGACCUGAUCGUCAAUCAGGCCACUCCUUUUCCAUCUCCCAAAUCAUCUCUCCCCCAGAAACCCUCGACAUGAGCGCGUCCAAUGAUACUGAGACAGCCAUAACUUGUGGCAACUGUUCUCCAAAUGGACCCUGUGCAUGUGCCGAGGAGGUAUUGAACUCAGCGGCCAACGGCUGCGGCAAGUGCACUCUUACAUCAAAUUGCCAAUGUCUCGACGAAGUAGCUGAGGCUCUUGAUCGGUCUCAAGAGCUGAAGCGUCCUGCCUCACCAUCGGCCAACGUAUCUACUGAGAAGAGGCAUCGGUCUAAUGCUGACGCCGAGACUGACUUCACAGCCAUGUUCUCCCGCAAGACUCAAGAGGCCUUUUCUACUCCCUCUCAACUCCCUUCCAUGGACUCUAUGCCUUUCAGAGAUGGCUGCGGCUUCUGCAAGGAUGGAACUUACUGCGUCUGCGCUGAUACCGCCCUCGCGACUCCUGCCAUGACUCCUAAUGAUACUCUUCCUCCCAUCUCUCAGCAGGUCCAGACCCCACCUCCUGAAGAUACUGAUCUCCCUAUUCUCGCUAUGGAGAUGACGGCCGACGGUGCUGUCAAGCUUCCUCCUCGCCGUCCCCAGGCUCAAUCGACUGAGCGUCGUGGCUGUGGUCCCAACGGGCCUGGUACUUGUGCUCAGUGUCAGGCCGAUCCAAAGUCUGGACUCUUCUGCCGCCUAAUGGCCGCCAACUUGAACCGUAAGGAUGGUAGCUCUGGUGGCUGCUGUGGUGGCAAGGGUGCUGGUGGCGGCUGCUGUAAGACCCAGAAGCCACCACAACCAGAGAAGAUCAAUCUCCCAAGUCUACCAAGCCUGGGCUUGAGUUGCGCCGAGGCAUACCAGACACUAUCCAGUCAUCGCAACUUUUCAAAGGCGGCGGAUGAUAUUGGCUCUUGGUUGCCUAAGCUCAAGGCCACACCUAGACCUGGUACUCGGCCAGCACCACCUGGCGCAAUGAUGCCAAUUGAGGUUGAAGCAGCAAGUAUAAUGAGCGUUCUGAAGGAUUUUGAUAUUCGGUUUGGGAGGGGAAUUUAA